CUCUGCUCUACCCACCAUCAACAUGCCAGCAGACGUAAAGAACAAAGUAUGUUUAAUUGUCCACGACGGAUGGGGCAUCGCAGCGGUUCCAGGACUUGAGGGCAAUGCCAUCGAGGCCGGUAAGACAACAAAUAUGGAUACCAUUGGCAAGGAGCACAGCCAGAGGAGGCUUGCUGCUCACGGUACUGCCGUGGGACUGAGCGAGGGCCUUAUGGGCAACUCCGAGGUCGGGCACUUGAAUAUCGGUGCCGGCCGCAUCGUAUGGCAGGAUAUAGUACGAAUCGACGUGGCGAUCAAGAAACGGGAGUUCCAUAAGAACAAGAUCAUCCUCGAGAGCUUCAACAAGGCAAAGGAGGGCACGGGCAGAUUGCAUUUGCUUGGUCUGAUCUCUGAUGGAGGCGUUCAUUCGCAUAUCACUCACCUUUUUGCUCUCCUGGAGACAGCAAAGGAGGUUGGUGUGCCCCACACUUAUGUCCAUUUCUUCGGAGAUGGUCGUGACACGGCUCCACGUUCCGCGGCAGAGUACUGCCAACAGCUGCUCGAUUUCAUGAAGAAAGAGGACUAUGGAGAGCUUGCUACCAUCGUAGGCAGAUACUACGCUAUGGACAGGGACAAGCGGUGGGAGCGAAUCAAAAUCGCUAUCGAUGGCUUGGUCGGUGGCGUGGGCGAGACUGCUUCCGAGACAAGCGUCGCUGCUAUCAAAGCAAAUUAUGAGAAGGACGUGACAGACGAGUUCUUGAAGCCCAUUAUCGUGAAUGGAGACGCUGGCAGGAUCAAGGAUGGUGAUUCGUUAUUCUUCUUCAAUUAUCGGUCCGAUAGGAUGCGAGAAAUCGUGUCGGUGUUUGGAUUGCCUGACAAGCCAAUGGAAGUGACCAUUCCGAAGGAUUUGAGUAUCACGACCAUGUCCCGAUACAACGUCGAAUUCCCCUUCCACGUCGCUUUCCCACCACAAACCAUGACCAAUGUCCUGGCGGAGUGGUUAUCAAAGCAUGAUAUCAAGCAAGCUCACAUCGCAGAGACGGAAAAAUACGCCCACGUCACAUUCUUCUUCAACGGUGGUGUCGAGAAGCAAUUCAAGGAUGAAGAGCGGCAUAUGAUUCCCUCACCAAAAGUAGCCACGUACGAUAAACUUCCCAAGAUGAGCGUACAUGGCGUGGCCGAAAAGGUGGCAGAAGUCCUCAGAAAGGGUGAACAUGAGUUCGUGAUGUGCAACUUUGCUCCUCCGGAUAUGGUGGGCCACACCGGUGUGUAUGAUGCCGCCGUCGAAGCUAUCGGGCACACCGAUGAAGCCGUGGGUACUGUGUACAAGGCGUGCCAGGAGGCUGGAUAUAUUCUUCUCAUUACCGCGGACCAUGGGAAUGCGGAGCAGAUGAAGAACCUCGAGACGGGCGCUCCUCAUACCGCGCACACGACGAACCCUGUGCCGUUCAUUAUGACCGGAGACCCGGACAAGUAUAAAUUCAAAGAAGAUAAGGAGGGCGAGGAAGAAGGCGCGUUGUGCGACGUCGCUCCGACUGUUUUGGACCUUCUCGGUCUUGAGAUACCUGAGGAAAUGACAGGUCGUUCGCUUUUGGCCAAGCCUUGAUAGAAUGAUGAACUAAAAUGGGAGAAUAGAGUGACGAAGGUCAUAAUUGUACAAGUAGAUAUACAAGACUCAGAGCAUUAAAGAGAUACUGAUAGACUGAAAAUACAUUAACGACGACGAAAUGAAGUUUUUACAUUGUAAAUACCCUCAAUUGAGACGUUUAUUGCUGAUGAUCAGGAUGCAGUAACAAAGGGC